AUGGCACCCAGAAUGCGCAUACCCACUGUCGAAUUCCGAUCGCUCCUUCUACCGCCCCGCCUCGAGCAGCGCCGCGCGCUCAACCUAUACAAAACGGCCAAGGCCAAGACAGUCCUCGGACAGCACAAAGUUCUCAACUUUAGCUCGUGGGAGAUUGAAAUUUUAGCGCCACUGCAAAGUGUAAAACACCGAGUCAAACUAUGGCAGACAGACAAGAAGGCUAAGAAGCUGUCCGUAAUAGCGGAGAGCGCUUCCUUCGAAGAACUCCUCACACAACAUGUCGGACCCGGGAAAAUGCUCUACUGCCUCGGCGAGAUCACGAAAGGAAUGGCAAGCAGACACAUCGACGACCCAGAGCUGCCGAUACCCGAAGAGUUGCGAGACUUCGCCAUCCACAACGCCUACACAUACCGAGCCCCAAAGACGGCGGGGCAAAAAGGCAAACAAAUAGGCGGCCUGAAAAACAUCAUCCUCAACGAGUCCAGCCCCGUCGAAUACUUCAGAAUGUGCUUGGACCGCGCCUACCAGUUCAUUGAAGCCGGGCACGCAGUCGAAUUCCGGCUGCGCCUGCAGGGAAAGAUGCUCUUGAAAGAAGAGCGCAUCAAGCCCGCAGGACCAGAGCGCUGGCUAUGGAUGCACACGCACUUCCCGCACCUCCGCCCCGAAAUCAUCAUGAAGAGCAUGCCAGAGGAUACGCGGUACCUCAUCAACCCCGUUUCCGACGGUCGCCUCGUCCAAUGGGUCGCCGUCGCAGGCAACAAAGUGGAACCAGCGAUAAACCUCGACAAACGACUCUUCCACAUCAAGUCCUCAGUUACCUCAUCCAUUAAAUCCGGUAACCAAGCCAUGUUACCCAAGGUUAUGCGUCAGCAGCUACGGAAUUCUGGAUUAGAAGACUAUAGUAUUAAUACGGGGUUGCCGCGGAAGCAGGCUAGGGCUAAGCAUGGGAAGGGGGGCAAGAGGGUGUUAAGUGGGGAAGAGAAGAAGUAUCUCAAGAGGGAUGAGGAGACGGAUGGGUUCCUUGUGCCGGAUCCGGAUGCGGUGCUGCCGAUUAGGAGGUUGGAUGAUCUGAGGGAUCCGAGAGGUGGGACUCAGAGGUGGCAGCAAAGGGGACAGAUUGGGAAUAAGAAUAGCCCUAAGUUCUAA